UCAGAAUGCACGUUCAGCUUACAGGCUGGUCGAUUUAUUGUUCUAAUUAUAAAACCUAUAAGGUCAAUAGAACAUCCGUCAUAGUGGUUUGUUGGCUACUUCAGGAGUUGGUUUUUAUAGUGCAAUAGUCGGCUACAGGUUAGCUAAACAGUUUACCUAACUAUUGUGCGACCUAAGUGUGUUAAGCAGCAUUUGAACAGCUGUUAGCUGUUCUUUAAACAGCAAAAUGGGAAAGAAGACGGGGAAGGACAAGGAGAAAGAGGACAAGGACGCGUUUGAAACUCUGUCUCUAGAAAGUAAAGCCCCAGGAACGGUGGUGUUGCUCUUAAGCUCUCAAGAAGAAGACAUUCUGCUAAAAGCAAGUGAAGCAAUCCAAAAGUUUGCUGAGAAAGGAGAAGAGAACAAAGUGAUGCUGCUGGGAUUAGGAGUCCUUGGGCCUCUCUGCAAGCUUAUUGAUCACAGCAAUAAACUGAUCAAACGCAAUGCCCUCAUGACCUUGGGUAAUAUGGCCACCAAUGGCGAAGUUAGCGAAGCUCUGAAAAAAGAGGAUUUCAUUCCAUCGCUUUUACAGAAGCUCACACCUGAAGAGGAUGUUUUCGUGCAUGAGUUUGCAACACUGUGCCUUGCCGCUGUGGCAAUGGAUUUCACCUGCAGAGUCCAGAUCAACGCCAACGAUGGUAUGCCACCUCUAAUCAAACUCCUCAGCAGCCCGGACCCAGAUGUCGCAAAGAACUCAUUGGAGAUCAUCUUCAACCUAGUUCAGGACCUCGAGAACCUCGAGGUGCUGCACGAGCUAGGUGCUAUCCCCCCUCUUCUGGAGCUGCUUAAGUCCGACUUUCCUGUCAUCCAGCAUUUAGCCUUACAGAUAUUUCAGUGUGUCACUACCGAUUUGGAAACACGGAAGACCUUCAGGGAGGAGCUGGGAUUUGAGAGGUUCCUGGAUCUUCUGGAUAAUAUGGAGUUUAACGACCUACAUGCUGAGGCCUUGCAAACAGUGUCAAACUGUCUGGGUGAUAUUGAGACUCUUCAAAUCAUCCACCUUAACGGGGGGCUUACGAGGCUGGCGGAGUUUGUCCUUGCACCAAGCAGUCCCGAAAUCCAGUCCAUUGCAAUCAAAUGCAUCACAAGGGCAGCUCAGAGUUCCGAAAGCCGCGAAGUUUUCCACGAGCAGAUGAUCGAGAAAGUUCUAGUAGAGCUUUUGUCUGCGGCCGAUGACAAUGUGAAAGCUUCCGCCUGUCAGGCUAUCGCAGCCAUGAGCUUCCACCCUUGCAGCAAAGACCGCUUCAGAGAGUUGGAGGGCGUCCCCAUUGUGGUGCAGCUGCUGAGUAGUGAGAGCUCGGUACUGAAAGAGGCAGCGACCCAGGCUCUCUCGAGCCUCACACAUAGCAACGAGGCCAAUGCGCUUGCAGUGUAUGAGGCAGGGGGCCAUGAGAUCCUCAUCCAGCAGCUCUCUGAAAGCUCUGCAAGCACAGUGGCCAGCUCUGCUGCCACUAUUUCUAAUAUGGCAGAACAGGAGAUCAUCCAGUCCAGCAUCCUGACACUAGGAGGCGUACAGGCUCUGGUUGAACCCUUGAAGUCCACAGAUACACAGGUCCUGAUGUACACUGCCCUGUGUGUGGCACAGCUGGCCUGUGACAACGAAGAAAGGGACAAGUUUCACAAAGCUGGAGGCCUCGAACCGCUCGUCAAUCUGCUGCAUUCCAAUGACAAAGAGGUGCUGAGACACGCGUGCUUCGCCGUGAACGUUUGCGCUGGGGAUACAGCUUGUGCUGUGACGAUGUGCAGACUUGGGGCCCUGGAAAUACUUCAGGAAAUCAACCAGUCAGCAAACCGUAGGAGCAGUUUCAGCGAGUUGGCCACGACCAGCCUGCUUAACUCCAACUUGCCUGUUAAAUACAACCGGCUGGGACGAUUGACUGCAAAUGACAUUAUUACAAGCAACUUCUUUGAUGCUGGGCAGGCUUGUGUGGGUGAGCCGUUUCUGACUUUGGAGGAGUUGAUCAGCCAGCCACUCAACCAGCAGCGGGCGAUUAUUGUUUUCAACGUCCCAGUAGAAGAGACAGUAGAGCUGGCAGAAGACAGAAAACCCAGCCCAACAGAAUCAGAAAUCAAGAAAGGACGAAUGACACCAAAAAGGAAAAGAGAGAAAGACAAACCCGACGAAGAGCCCCAAGAUGUUCUUACAGAGAAGUCACCAAUUAUUUUUGGGGACGUCUCCCUGCUUAUGCUAAUUAAAGAGGCCAAAGACUCCGUCCUUUCACUGACAGAUGAACGAGAGCAGUAUGCGGCCUUGGCCAGGUUGGUGAGUGAUGCCAUGGGUGGAGCAGUGCCUCUGGAAAAGCUGCACGAAUUAGACUGGGUGCUGCACCAAAGUGACCUCAGGUUUCAGCUGAAGUCGAAUGUUAUUCCCAUUGGUAUGAUAAACAAGGGAACCUACUGCCACAGAGCGCUUCUCUUCAAGUGUCUUGCCGAUACCAUCGAAAAGAGCUGCACUCUUGUUCGCGGUGAUUACAAUCGGGCCUGGAAUGAAGUUCUUCUCUUCGAGGAGGUCCAUGAAAACCUAAGGUCUCCGGAGCCAAUCUGCUACAUAGUGGACCUUAUGCAUCAGCCUGGAACCUUAAUGCCAAUUGAUUCCCCAGCUGCUCAGCAGUAUCAGACUAUAUAGUUUCAUUCUGUUUCACAUACUUGUACAAACAUUCAAUAUACUAUAGCAAAGAACUAUACAAUAAACUAUAAGUUACGUCUU